UUACUUUAUUCACUACCCCAUCUUUCUUUACAUUACCAACUCAACGGCUGCCCCCUAUUAUAAAUACUCAUUAAACAUCACACAGCCUGGGUAUCCCUUCAUUUUCCUCCUCUUUAGAUUUCACGCUUAUUAUUUUCGUAACAUUUUGAACUCAUGGAAAUGACUGCAUCUUCCCUUACAAUCUCUCCAAGAAAGCUUCGAUCCGAUCUCUACUCUUACUCCUAUCAGAAUGAUGCAAAAACCCCACUGGUGAUGUCAGUCCUGGCUUCUCUUAUUGAGAGAACAAUGGCAAGAAACGAAAGGAUAGCCAAGAACUGUGAAUGGGCAUUGGCAAAAGAUUGCAAUAGCAGAGUUUUCGAGUGCCAGGAGACACCAGACAUGACGAUUCAAUCCUACCUAGAAAGAAUCUUCCGUUACACCAAAGCCGGACCAUCCGUUUAUGUGGUGGCAUAUGUAUAUAUGGAUCGGUUUCGCCAAGCAAAUCCAGGGUUCCGGAUUAAUGCUAGGAACGUACAUAGGCUCCUCAUUACAAUCAUCAUGGUGGCUUCCAAGUAUGUUGAAGACAUGAAUUACAGAAAUUCGUACUUUGCACGAGUAGGAGGGUUGACGACCAAGGAACUGAACAAGUUGGAGGUUGAAUUUUUGUUCAUGAUGGGUUUCAAACUGCAUGUAAAUGUGAGAGUGUUCGAGAGCUACUGCAGUCACUUGGAGAGGGAAGUGAGCAUUGGAGGAGGAUACCACAUUGAGAGGACUCUAAGGUGUGCUGAAGAUAUCAAAUCCAAACAAGUUGAACAAAAAAGAUACAACUCCAUUGCUCGCAUUUUGUUCUUUGAAGUUGGGGCCAGUACAGAGGAGUGAUGUAUAAACCAUAUUGUAUGUCUUCUGCUUAAGAAAUGGAAUACAAGUAAUAUAUUAUUUGUUAA